GAGACAGGGCCUCCUCUCCUCUCCUUUUCUUCUCUCCCCUUCCUAGGCUGGCUCCCUCCAAUAGUCCAAUCUCUCUUUCUCUCUCUCCCUCCCACCUCACGCAGCGGCAUUAAUGGAUUCGGCAGCCGCGGCCACCUCCCACCCCCGCGUCCUCCUCCCCGCCUCGCCGAGAACCCUAACGUGACGCCCCGACCCGCGCCUCGCACGGAUCCUCCUCCGCGGCUCCGUUUUCUCGAGGUGUUGAAAGGUCGCUGCUUUGGGGAGCUUCCAGGACGAGGGAGGCGCGGCCCAAUGCGGCUCGAUCCGGAUUGGUCUGCGCCGCGAUUUGGCUCAGGUUGGGCGCUGCCUCGGUGAAUCCCGCGCCGUUGACCCGUGCUGCUGCUGCUACCUCGGAAAGGUUUCGAUAGUGAGGAGAGAUGGAUGUGGAGAAACCUGCUUCAAAGGGGCAUGGAUUCUUUGGCCUCUUUGAUUGGGGUAAGAAAUCUAAGAAGCGAAUUUUUGUUGGAAGCACGAGCAGUUCUCCGGAUCCGAAGAAUGCUGGCGACGGUAAGGAUGUUGAUGACAGUACACCAAGUACACAGUCAAAUUCGCAGAUCCUUGAAGACGCUCCUAGCUUGAAAGAAAGCAGUGAGCAUAGUUGCUCAUCUUCAGUAAUUGAUGAAGAAACUCAGGCGAGGAGGUGUCCCACUGUUGUGGCUAGGCUUAUGGGUUUGGAUUCCAUGCCCGCGGCAAGCUCAUCUGAAUCCAAUCCCAUGCCAUCAACAGCGCAACAACCCUUCCAAGCCAACAACCGUGACGAUUCUACCGGCAGAAGUUAUGUUGGUAGUCCCCAUAAGAUGCCGGGUAGCCCUAUUGAUCGGUUCAAAAUGGAAGCACUGCCUCCAAGACUUGCCAAGAGGACACUGUCUGUUGCUCAAUAUAAGUUAUUGUCUCCCAUGAAGAACCCUAAUAAUAUAUCCAGCAGAAAUGCAGCUGAUAUAAUGGAGGCAGCGUCACGGAUCAUUAGGCCUGGAGUUGAAAACAUCAGUUCUUACAGAGUCCAUGAUGUUGGGCAUGCAAAUGCUGCGCGGGCCUACAACCCAGGAGAGAUCAUAGGAGUCCAACAAAGGUCACAGAAGCUAAAUAAAGCACUGGGGAAACGUGAUGGCCCUGCAUCUUUUAGGCCACCAAACGAGAAACAUUUGGAUGGAAGAUCGAGAAGUUCAGAGGGUGCCUCAUCUUCCAGGAUCUCACAGUCAAAUGGAUGUGCUCCAGUUGGCCCAAAGGUCAAACCCAGCAAUAGAUCAUCAAAUGUUGCUCAAGCUAUCCGUGCCCAAGGAAAAGAAGGCACAAGAAAAGGUGGUAGAAGGCUUGAAACUCGCAGGAACCCUGAAAAUAGCUUGGUUGAGAGAUAUGGGUUCAACCAACAAAAGGAUAAUAAUCAAAUGGUCACAACAAGUUCGUCCAGUAUGCUUGUGCCAAAUAACAGAAAGCAGAAUGCUGUGGUCACCAAACACAAGGUGAAUUCAAACCCAGCAAACCCCAGUAGACAACGGAGCAAUAUUCACCCAGUAAAUGCCUCUCCCAGAAAGGUCGGGGCAGCCGGCACAUUUGCUGGAAUUAGUACUCAAGCUAGCAGAAAGGUGGACUUGCAGCCAACUGCUCAUGCAAAUGUAAGAAAUAAUUCCAUAGCCAAAGCAAUCCCCAAGCCAAGAAGGUUACAAAACAGAAGAUUGUACUCUGACACAAGCCAGUCAAGUGAUAGUAUUAAUUCUGACAGAAGCCAGAGGCGGAUUCGGCACAAUAUUGUGAUAGAUGAGCAAUCGUCUUUUUCAACAAACAAAAAGAAAAUCAGCACUGAGAUUGUUUCAUUCACAUUUACCUCACCAGUUGACAAAUCAUUACACGGCACCCACUUCCCCAAUCAUUCAGUGGAAAAACAAUUUAAGAAUCUGAACGCUGUGUCAACUUCAAGCAACACAUCAAACACUAAACUUGAUGUCAUUGAUGGUGAUUAUUUGGGACUCCUGUUGGAGCAGAAAUUGAGAGAGUUGACGUCAGGGGUGAGAUCGCCCUACUCUAAGGCCGCCAAAGGUGUUAAAGUGUAUGGCACUUCAACAGCUUUGGAAGAUACGGCAUCAGCAUGUGAAACAUCUAGCAUUGCUUCUACUGAUUAUGAUAGGGAGUCAUUGCAGUCUUUCAAUGCUGGAAAAGCUACUGUCCCCCAGACAGAUCUUGCUACUAAAAGUGGUCAGCCAUUUCAACCUGCAAAGGAUGAUCAUGAUGCCACGGAUCGAGCAGAGUUUGAGCAUCUUCACCUAAGUCCCCUCUCAAUGUGGGAAGCUUCUAUUUCAACGGAAACCUGCAGCUCAUCAGAGAGCUGGAGGAGUGCAAAUGGAACAAGAUUAUUUAGUUCCACCGAAGGUGCAACAACUUCUGGUUCAACACACUUCAACAAAUUCCUUGAAGCAGAUGCCUCAUCAGAAUAUUCUGACACAGCCUCAUCAAUCACAGUGGCUACUGCAGAAAUCCCUCGAUCAGAAAGUAGCAGCUCAUGUCAUAUGGAUCAUAGACAGGAGGUGGAGUUUAUAAGAGAAAUACUGAAAGAUAGUUCCUCUUGUUUGGAGCGGUUUGGUGAUUCGGAUAUUCUGGAUCCACAUCUGUUGGAAGAAUUGAAUGGCAGCACUAGGUUGUUGGCUGGUAACGAGGGCAAAGGCUAUAGAUUGAGGCGGAGGCUGCUCUUUGACUGUGUCAAUGAAUUAUUGACUGUGAAAUGUGCGUACUACUUCAAUGCCGGCUACAGCUCAUGGUUCAUGGGGAUGGCAGUCCUGCAGAACUUGUCAGCAGAAGAAAUCCAUCGAGACAUGACCAGCCUGAAGGUUGCCGAGGAGUGGAUGGUGGAUGAACUUGUGUACAGGGAAAUGAGUACUCCUCUGGGGAGCUGGGUUGAUUUCAAGAUGGAUUCAUACCAGGCUGGCGGAGACAUAGUCUCGGAGUUGUUAGGUUCCUUGAUUGAUGAAGUGGUUGGUGAUCUUCUGACUGACUCGUUUUUAUAGCAGGCCUUGAUCCCCUCACUAACGAUACCAGUUGACAGGCACAAGGUUUUUGUUCCAUGUGACGUCUUAUACUGUAUCUGUACAUCGUAACUUGCUCGUGCAAUUGUGUAGCGUUUAUUAAGAUGAAAUGUCGCUAACUUGCCAUUA